AUGAAGUGCCGUGCGCUGUGCGCCCUGCUGGCCCUUGCGCUGUGCUGCUCCGUUCAUUGCUUCGUCGCAGGCGCAUCUGCCUCAAAGCCUCCGCUUGCUCCUGCUCCUGCCCGUGCCUCUGCUCCUCUUCCUGCGGCUGUUCCUGCCCCUGCUCCUGUUGCGAAGUCCACAGCCGGGGUGUCGCCGGUGAAUGUAACUGAGGCGUUGGUGCUGGCGUUGAAGGCGCUGGAGAAGUCGAAUCAAGAGUUGGCGGAGGCCAGAGGGCACUGCGAGGAAGCGAGGCGGAGCGCUGCGAGGUCUCAGGCUGAUGAGAAGAGUGCGGAGGAUAUUUUGAAGAAACUUGACGCGGAGGCUGUUUUGUUGAGCAAGUCGCUGCGGCAUGCGAAGGAGGCAACGCAAGAGGCUGCUGCUGCUGUCGCCGAAUGUUUGACCGCGGAGAAGGCCGCACAGGCGGCGGAGCAGGAGACGCACAACGCCGUCUUCGAGUUGCUGAAGCUCACGAAGAACAAGUGGGAGGAGAAGGCAGACCAAAAGCAGCUGUUGGCGAAGGCGACAGAGCAGACUGCGCUUGCCGUGAAGAAGGCGAAUGAGGCGGAGAAGCACGCGGAUGAGGCCGCAGUGGCGGCGGGGAAAACUCAUGCAGCAGCCACGAAAGCCGCUGCGGCGCAGAGCUUGGCGCACGAUGUUGUCAUGACGGCCAAGACAUUGCUGCAGAAGCGUGAAGAGGAGGAGAAGAAGCGAAGAGCGAAGGAGCAGGCGGAUGCGGAAGCCUCGAAGCAAGCUGCUGUUGCGGAAGUGCUGGAGAAGCUCUCGGUGAAGCAGGCGUCUGCAGGGGCGUCUGGGACAGGCUCCAGCAGCAGUACUACAUCUUCUUCGUCUGUGCCGGCGGCAAAUGGGAGUUCGAAUCCCGUGAAUCAUCGGAAUGGCGCGUCGGCGGACGGCAGCAGCGCUCCAUUGUUGUCACGUGCAUUGGUUUUGCUGAUUGCCGCUGUGGCAUCCUUUGGUUGUGCCUGCUUCUGUUAA